AAUUGUGACAUGCCUAUUGGCUACUUCAAUAUACUAAUACCAUUUAAUGGAGAAAAACUUAAAACCAACCCACCAAAUGUAUCUGCAGAUUCUGCACAAUACCAAAUAGUGCCUUCUCUCGUCUUCUCACUCUUGUUAGUGGCCACGCCCGUUACAUUUGAUAACAACAACCAGAUCAGCAAUCACACACCCGUGACUCCAAACUACUAUUCCCAAAUCAAUCCUUCUCGCAAUCAGACAUAUCACUACAUUCCAAAUCUUUUCCGAUUAACCCCAUCAUCAUCAUCGUCUACACACACAUAUAUAUAUAUAUACACAAACAUGUAUACAAUGCAGCAUAAAAAGUCUGUGAAACUCCCUCUAUUGUCCUUCCACCCCAAACCCUCCACUUUGAAAUUUCUCACAAUUUCAAUGGCUUCCGUCUUCAUUCUCGCUCUACUCUCUCUCCUCAUCUUUUUCUCUCUCUCCUCCGCAACCCACCACCAGCACCCUACAUCCCCGCCGCGCUUCACCAGACCCAGAUCAAAGCCACCCUCUCCCAAGCCCUCUGUGGUGGGCUCAAUCCCGCCUGAGAUCCACCUCGCAUGCAAGGCCACGCGAUACCCACAAACGUGUGAGGCUUCAUUGGCCAAUUCCAAUCACGUCCCUCCAAUCCCUAACCCGAUUCAAAUCAUCCAAUCAGCUAUGCGGGUCUCCGCCCAAAACCUCAAUACCGCCCAGUCCAUGGUCCAGGCUAUCCUGGACUCGUCCGCCCACAAUAUCAACCGCUCCUCCGCCGCGAAGAACUGUUUAGAGGUGCUCCGUGACUCCGAGUACCGUACCUCACAGACGGCUGACGCUCUGCCACGUGGCAGAAUCAAGAAUGCUCGGGCUUGGAUGAGCGCGGGCCUAUUGUACCAGUAUGAUUGUUGGUCCGCAUUGAAGUAUGCGAACGAUAGUCAACUGGUCAACGAAACCAUGGCGUUCUUAGAUUCGUUGAUCGGUUUGACCAGUAACGCUUUGAGUAUGAUGGUGUCGUAUGAUAGGUUUGGGAAUGAGACCGCGAGGUGGGAACCGCCCAUGACGGAGCGGGACGGGUUCUGGGAAGGUGUGGGUGGACCGGGUGAUGGGUUCGGGUAUAAGGGUGGGUUUCCGUCUGGCUUGAAGGCGGACGUGACGGUUUGCAAGGGUGGUGGCGGUGGGAAGUGCGACUACGGGACGGUGCAAGAGGCGGUGAACGCAGCGCCUGACAACGAGGGGUUGCGGAGGUUUGUCAUUUGGAUCAAGGAGGGAGUUUAUGAGGAAACGGUUCGGGUCCCACUGGAAAAGAGGAAUGUAGUGUUUUUGGGAGAUGGAAUGGGCAAAACCGUUAUUACAGGGUCAUUGAACGCGGGUCAGCCUGGGAUUUCAACCUACAAUACAGCAACAGUUGCUGUGCUUGGUGAUGGAUUCAUGGCCAGUGGUCUCACUUUCCAGAACACGGCAGGCCCUAAUGUCCACCAAGCAGUAGCCUUCCGAUCAGAUAGUGAUCUAUCAGUUAUUGAAAACUGUGAAUUCAUUGGCAAUCAAGACACUCUAUAUGCCCACUCCCUUCGCCAAUUCUACAAAUCUUGCCUCAUCCAAGGCAAUGUAGACUUCAUUUUUGGAAAUUCAGCUUCCAUCUUCCAAGACUGCCUCAUCUUAGUUCGUCCCCGGCAAGUCAAACCAGAAAAGGGUGAGAGUAAUGCCGUGACAGCACAUGGCAGAACUGACCCUGCUCAAUCAACAGGAUUUGUUUUCCAAAAUUGUGUGCUCAAUGGCACUGAAGAAUACAUGGCUCUAUAUCGUAGCAAGCCUAAAGUACACCGGAAUUUCUUGGGGAGGCCAUGGAAGGAGUAUUCGAGGACAGUGUUCAUACAUUGUAACUUGGAGGCUCUUAUAACACCAGCGGGAUGGAUGCCCUGGAGUGGUGAUUUUGCAUUGAAGACCCUUUAUUACGGUGAAUUCGAGAAUUCUGGGACCGGAGCUGAUUUGUCAGAGAGAGUAACGUGGAGUAGCCGAGUUCCGGCUGAGCAUGUUUACUCAUAUUCAGUGCAGAAUUUCAUUCAAGGUGAUGAAUGGAUUCCAACAUCUUCUUCUUGAUUAAUAAUGUGCUCUGCUUUUGCAGAAUUUGUAGAAAAUUAGUGUAAGGUAGAGAAUUUUGGGUCUAUUUGUAAUUACCAAUUAUCAACGACCCCAAAUAUUAUUCGAGUAUGAAGUUUCAAAAUUCUGAUAACAUAUUGCUUGCAGAGAUUGUUUGGAUUCUUAUCUUAUUCAGUUUAGAAA